CUGAAUUGGAUUCCGAGUGCAGUUCGCAGUAAACUAAAGGAUACUGUAUAUUGGCGUUGCGACGAACAAAUUCGAACGAUGUCGAGAGUUAAAGAGAGAUCAGAAGUGGCCGAUAUUGAUGAAUUUCCAUUCAGCAGCAAAAAAAAGACGCUGGUAAACAUCUUGAAGUCGUAUUUAGGCAUCAGUGUGUUGUUUUUGCCGUCUGUGUUUAGAGACAGUGGUGUUAUUUUGGUUUCCAUAAUGUAUAUAGUUGCCUACCUCCUUUCGACGAGGAUGAUGCUUUUGCUCGUCGAUAUCAAAAAUAAAAUUGUGUCGGAUAGGGCAGCAGAAGAUUUAGAACCCGAAUGCGGAAAUAAGGUGACAGGUUUCGAUGAUAUUGCCAAUCUUUCUACCGGUGACUGGCCAAUUAAGGCUAAGAGAUACAGCACGAUAACGUAUUACGAUAUCGGGUAUGCUGCCAUGGGCACGUUCGGCGGUGCUGUCGUCGAUAUUUGCCUGAUAUGUUCCCACGUUGGAUUUGCGUUAACCUCGCACAUCUUCUCGGCGGGCAUCCUCAACUCAUUCGUUCCGAGUGUAAAAGAGAUCUACUGGAUGUGCUUGCUUGUCAUUCCACUGAUCAUCCUGUGUAAUAUAAGGCACUUGAAGUUCUUCGCCUUUGUCAGCCUUGCCUCUUUGGCGAUGUUCAUCGGUGGCUAUGUGUGCAUUUUGUCGGCAUUACCCGAAAAACACGCGCCAAGCGAACAAAUCAACUACUACGACGCUUCAUUCAUUAACUUCUUCAGUACACUUUCUACUGUCUUUUACAGCUUCGAAGGCGUGGGGAUGGUACUCCCUAUCGAGCAAUCCAUGAAGAAAAAACCCUCGUUCAUGUGGUUGUACUACGUGGGACUCCUGCUCGUGACGGUCGUGUACGUCUUGUUCGGAUCGCUGGGUUAUAUAUCUUACGGCAACAGCGUCGCAGAUAACAUUAUACAAAAUUAUGUCUCUCGAAAAAAAAAUUCGAUGCUCCCGGGAGUCAUCGAAGUAGGCUUCAUGCUGGGCUCUCUCGGCACGUACGGGUUGCUCAUGUACCCCGUGAGUGAGCGCAUCGACAGAGUGUUCGACAAAUAUAAAUGCAUCAGGAAAUUCAGAAAGCCAAGAGAAUUCAUCGUCAGAAUGUCUCUCGUCCUGCUCACUCUCGUUCUGGGCACCCUGUUAAAGGGAUUCCGAGUAGUCGUCAACUUCGUGGGUGGUUUCCUAGCUACUAUGCUCAUGUACAUCCUUCCCGCAUCCUUCUAUAUCAUACUAGUCAUUUACCCGAACAUAAGAAAAAAACGAGAGGAAAAACAUCUCACCUUCGUAGACAUCAUGUCUCUCGUAGGUGGCGUUUUCGCGUUGAUGCUCGGUAUCGCCGCGAAUAUCCUCUGUACAUUCGUAUCUAUCAAAAAAACCUUCUUCAAUUAAAAAAGCCUGUACUGAUGCCUGCUGAGUCCUGAAAUUUGUACUCGUGCUCAAGUUCUGUAACGCGAUUUUUAUGUAUACAUCCCCUUUUCCAGCCUUA